AAUUCAAUCUUGAAACUGCACAAAAAUUGGGUUCCCACUUUCUAUCCAACGAAGAUACAUUCAUUGCUUUGCUUGGUUGAUACCCUUCAAAGUCUGGGAGUACUAGUAGAUCGGCAUUUUAAAAUAGAAAUAAGAAAAGUUCUAGAUGAAAUAUACAGGCUUUGGCAAAAAAAGACCGAAGAAAUCUUUUCAAACGUUUCCCAUUGUGCCAUGGCGUUUCGACUUUUACGGAUGAGUAACUACGAUGUCUCCUCAGAAGAACUAGUAGAAUUUGUCGAUGAAGGACAUUUCUUUUCAAUAAGUGGGAAAAUUACGAGUCAUGUUGAUAUUCUUGAGCUCCACAAAGCUUCACAGUUGGCUAUUCAUGAGAAAGAUCACAUUUUGGAUACAAUUAGCAAUUGGACCGGAACUUUUAUGGAGCAAAAACUCUUAAACAAUGACUUCAUCGAUAGGAUGUCAAAGAAGGAGGUGGAACUUGCUUUGAGGAAGUUCUACGCCACAUAUGAUCGAGUGGAAAAUCGACGAUACAUCGAGGCAUAUGAGGUGAACAAUUUUAAAAUUUUAAAAGGUGCUUACAGGUCACCCAACAUUAACAACAGAGAUUUCCUUGGGUUCUCAGUGCACAAUUUUAACUUGUGCCAAGCCGAACAUCAACAAGAACUUCAACAACUCAAGAGGUGGUUCGAUGAUAGAAAACUGGAGCAAGUGGGAUUGUCACAACAUUAUUUAUAUACUACUUAUUUCCUGAUUGCUGCAUUACUCUUCGAACCUAAAUUCUCUGACGCUCGUCUUGCAUGUGCAAAGAGUAGCAUGCUUGCAACUUUAGUGGAUGAUUUUUUCGAUGGUUACGUUUGCGAAGAUGAAUUGCUCAACAUCUUUGAAUUAGUAGAAAGGUAUUGUUUUCUGUUUUUCCUAUUUUAUCAUAUUUCGACAAACCCAUUGUUAGAUCCCAACCAUAUGUCUUUGGUACAGUGGCUUGAUUUGUUAAAGAAUAUGCUGAUAGAAUUAGACUGGUGGAGAAGUCAGACAACACCAAGCAUUGAAGAGUACUUGUCUGUGGCCAGUGUAACUAUUAGUGUUAGAUGCGUUGUUCUCACAACACAAUAUUUUGUUGGACCAAAAUUAUCAAAGGAUGUGCUACAGAGUUGUGAAAUGAGUGCAUUGUGCAAUUGUACCAUGAUGGUGGGACGACUCCUUAAUGAUCUACAAUCCUACAAGAGAGAAGAAACAGAGAGGUCACCAAAAAAUAUAGUGUCGAUAUUAAUAACACGGAGUGAAGGAACAAUCUCAGAAGAAGAAGCUAUAAAACAAAUAGAGGAAAUGUUGGAAAGCAAGAGAAGAGAGUUGCUAGGGAUGGUUCUAACUCAACAAAAAGGAAGCCAAUUGCCACAAGUGUGCAAGGAUGUCUUUUGGAAAACAAGCAAAUUGUCUUAUUUCACAUAUUCAGAUCGUGGUGAGUUUCGCUCUACGGGGGAAAUACUGAAGAAUCAUAUAAAGGAUGUACUUUACAAACCACUCAGUCUGUCACGUCGUGACCUUCAUCCGAUAUCUUAACUUGACCGAGUGAACCUUCUAAACUAUUGUUUAUGCUUUAAUUCUACUAUGUUAUGCAUAUCAAACUCUUUAAAAA